AAAAGGCUCGCUGCAAGCAAAACAUGACUCCACUUCCGAUAAAGCCGCUGACCGCUCACCUCGAAUUCUGUGCGAAGACUUGCCAUGAAACCAGAUCUUUCGCGCCCCACUACGGACUCUAAUUCCAAUUCCGAAUCGAACUUGAACGACGACGCCGCUACGGUCGUUCACGAACCGCUCACACCCGAUAUCGAGCAUAUGCCUGUUGUCGACGACCCAAGGCAAUGGUCGAAUUUUCGCAAGAAUUUUAUCCUACUACAGGUUGCCUUCGGGUCCAUGAUCGCUGGAUUAGCAGGUAACAUACAGAAUCCUGCAAUUAAUGAGAUGGAAGUUGAUUUACCGGCUACUGCCUCUCAAAUUAGUUUAAGUCUGUCGCUGUUUAUACUCUUGCAAGGCGUUGUACCGCUGAUUUGGGCUUCAAUCAGCGAAGUCAAAGGACGCAGGUUUGUCUACAUCGUGUCCAUGGCUAUCUUUACUGUAGGGUCUGUGGUAGUUGCCACUAGUAAGAGCAUAGGACUAUUGAUUGGUUUUCGUUGCUUUCAAGCCGCUGGCUCCAGCGCAGUUAUGUCCAUCGGUGCAGCCACUUUAGCAGACAUCUAUGAUCCUGUAGAACGAGGAACGAAAAUGGGAAUCUACUAUAUUGCCCCUCUCCUUGGCCCUUCUCUGGGUUCAAUUUUGGGUGGAGGCUUGACAACCGCAUUUACCUGGCGUGGCCCGUUUUAUUUUCUCGCCAUUAUGGGUGGAGUUGUCUUCAUGUCGUUUCUACUUUUUUUCAGAGAUACUUUUCGUCACGAACGUAGCCACACUUAUCAGAGUGUUUUGAAAGCGAGAUUGAAAGGAGCCGGGACAAAAAAGAACGUUGGUGUCGAGAAUAUCGAUGCUGAUAACGCUGCUCAGGAUAUCGAGAAACAAGAAGUCUCGUCAAAGCCCGUUGUCGCUCCAGAAGUAAAGCUUGGAUUGGUGGAUGUGAACCCCUUCAGACCCAUGGCGUUUAUCCUCCGUCGUAAAUAUAAUCUGUUCAUGCUUACUGCAUCUGGUCUUUACUUUUCCUUUGCGUUUGUUGUAGUAUACACAACCUCUCGAACCCUAGGUACCUACUAUCUCUAUGAUCCCAUGAAAAUCGGUCUCGUUCUCCUUGCUUAUGGGAUAGGAACUGUUGGUGGAAGUAUCGUUGGGGGCCGUUGGUCUGACUAUCAACUAUCGAAGUUGAAGAUCAAGAACGAGGGGAAAAGCACACCUGAGAUGCGUUUAAGAUGUACACUACAUGGGUUAGUGAUUUUCCCUCUUUGCGUAGUUGGAUACGCCUGGGUGCUCCAAAAGCGGGUGAACGUCGCAGGUGUUAGUGUCAUGUUAUUUGCUUGUGGUUUCGCCUCUAUUUUCGUAUACACUAGCACGUUGGCGUACAUUGUAGAUUCUAAUGUUGGACGUUCCUCAUCGGCGGUAGCUUUAAACAGCUGCUUUCGAGGAACGUUUGCAUUCAUAUUUGAAGAGAUUGCGGUUCCUAUGCAGGACGGUUUGGGAGAUGGAUGGAUGUAUACCAUUAUCGCCUUCAUUAUGGCAAUUAGUGGUGCGUUGAUUGUAAUCGUGAUGCUCAAUGGUUCUCGAUGGAGGCGUGAAGCAGAAGAAAGCGAGGCAGCAGAGCCUCCUAAGAUGGUACCACUGGACUGAGACUUGAUUUCAAAAUUAUGAUAGAGUAGGUUUUAAUGUGGCGAGCUCAACCCAGAUGAGAAAGGUAAACAGGGUAUGAUAGAUCAUAGAGUAUAAGUAGAUGCCAAUUCACUGCGGGG